AUGUCAAGCUCCGCAACGCCUGCGCUACCUUUGCACAAUGCUCAGGUCUCAAGGUCUGCGUCCGCAACGCCUGUGACAGGCGUGCACUCUCCAUCGACAUCCACAUCGACGUACUCCCUAUUAAGUCCAGAGGAAACCGCGCAACGCCUGCAAACCUCUCUGCUCCAUGGUCUGACACCAGCUGAGGCAGAGAUACGAUUGUUACGUGAUGGAGCGAACGAAUUGCCUCAUGAGGAACCGGAGCCCCUGUGGCUUCGGUUUCUCAAGCAGUUCAAGGAAACCCUCAUUCUGCUCUUGCUGGCCUCUGCGGCCAUCUCGUUUUUCAUGGGCAACUACGAUGAUGCCCUUAGCAUCACGCUCGCGGUGACAAUCGUCGUGAGCGUCGGCUUUGUUCAAGAAUACAGAUCGGAGAAAUCUUUGGAGGCUUUGAAUCGUCUAGUGCCCCAUCAUGCACACCUCAUCCGCGAUCUCCCCGCUUCGUAUAUUCCGCCAUCGAAUAAUGCCAAGGCAGGGGCUACACCGGUGGAAUUCGAAAUGGAGCAUCUCAAAACCAGAGUCCCGAGCACCGCGUCCGCCGCGAUCAAGGCCUCCAGUACCGUCCUGGCGAGCGAGCUUGUCCCUGGUGAUCUGGUCCUGUUCACCACCGGCGACCGUAUUCCAGCAGAUAUUAGAAUAACUGCGGCCACCGACUUGAGCAUCGACGAAUCGAAUCUGACGGGCGAAAACGAGCCUGUGGUCAAGUAUACCGACGCAUUACGCGGCACUAAAACCAAUCUCUCUCAUUCGCCCAAAAUCAUCAGUCCUCCUCGGUCACCGUUCUAUGACGCACCCGCCAGCGGGGCGGUUGGCGCAGAUAUUCGGCUGAAUGAACAACACAAUAUCGCAUUUAUGGGAACACUGGUACGGUCCGGCUACGGUCAGGGCAUCGUCAUAGGGACUGGUGCCCGGACCGAGUUUGGCAGUAUCUCGGUGUCCCUUCAAGAGAUUGAAAGUCCACGGACGCCACUGCAGCUUUCGAUGGAUCGGUUGGGUCAGGAACUCAGCUACAUCUCCUUUGGGGUCAUCGCUUUGAUUGUCGUCAUUGGAUUAAUACAGGGCCGGAAGCUCCUGGAGAUGUUUACCAUCGGCGUUUCGCUUGCCGUGGCCGCGAUUCCGGAAGGUCUUCCGAUCAUUGUGACUGUCACCCUCGCUCUUGGUGUGCUACGUAUGGCCAAGCGAGGGGCAAUUAUGCGAAGGCUUCCCAGUGUUGAGACUCUUGGAUCCGUGAAUGUGGUUUGUAGCGACAAGACGGGCACCCUCACGCUUAAUCACAUGGCUGUCACCAAGAUGUGGCAUUUCGACUGCCCAGAACCAUUCGAGAUCCACAACAUCUCCUCCUUGACUCCUGGGCCCGCUGCUCGGACGGUUCUUCGGAUUGGUAACAUCGCCAACAACGCCAGACUAUCCCGUGUGAGUGCCAAUUCUCCAGCUAGUGCCUCCUCUGCGGCAGUCCUGUCUUCUACGGUCGAUAGCGCUUCUGGGGCUGUCAAGAGUCGUUGGGUCGGCCAACCUACAGACGUUGCUAUCCUGGAUUUAUUGGAUACCUUUGGAGAGGAUGAUUUGCGCGACCGCAUCAGUGGACGCGUGGCCGAAACGCCGUUCAGCUCGGAACGCAAGUGGAUGGGUGUGAUAAUCGGCAGUGGGCUCAACGAUUCAACCUCGUUCGGCGGUGGUACCAACGUCGCCUAUGUCAAAGGUGCUCUGGGCCAGGUUCUGAACCGCUGUGAUACUUACUUGACCAAGGACGGCCGAGAGGUUAUCCUGGACGAGCCGCGACGAAACAUCGUGAGGCAGGCGGCAGAACAAAUGGCAUCGGAAGGGCUCCGGGUACUGGCAUUUGCUAGUGGACCUGUAAGGGAUACGGCCAAAGGGGGAAGGAACUUUGGCAGUCGAUCUAGUACUCCCAUGUCGAAAACGAGCCAGACCGACGAAGAUGAUCGGUAUACCGGGCUUGUGUUCGCUGGGCUGGUGGGGAUGAACGAUCCUCCACGGAAGGACGUCCACAGGUCCAUCAGGCGUCUUAUGUCAGGAGGCGUUCGGGUAAUAAUGAUCACCGGAGAUGCGGAAACCACGGCAGUCGCAAUUGCGAAGAAGCUCGGAAUGCCGGUGAAUGAUACCCCUGGAUCAAGAUCCGUCCUCGGGGGUGAUGAUCUCGAUCGUAUGAGCACUGAGGAGCUGGCGCAGGCGAUCUCGUCGACCUCAAUCUUCGCACGCACCAGUCCGGAACACAAGAUGAAGAUCGUGCGCGCUUUGCAGUCUCGGGGUGACGUUGUGGCCAUGACUGGGGAUGGGGUGAACGACGCACCGGCAUUGAAGAAGGCAGAUAUUGGCAUUGCCAUGGGCAAGCUGGGCACCGACGUUGCGAAGGAGGCUGCGGACAUGAUCUUGACGGACGACGACUUCUCCACGAUCCUGCGCGCAAUCGAACAGGGCAAGGGGAUAUUUUACAACAUCCAAAACUUCAUCACUUUCCAGCUCAGUACCAGUGUUGCGGCACUCAGUCUCGUGCUGUUGAGCACGAUCUUGGGGUUCAAGAAUCCGCUUAACGCGAUGCAGAUUCUGUGGAUUAAUAUCCUCAUGGAUGGUCCGCCUGCGCAAUCACUGGGCGUUGAACCCGUCGACCCAACCAUUAUGAAUCGCCCUCCCCGGUCAAGAAAUGCCCGAGUUCUGACGAAACCGCUCAUCCAGCGAGUGCUGACAUCGGCUUUUAUGAUUAUGCUCGGUACCCUCGCGAUCUACGUCUACGAGAUGGGCGACAUCGACGAUGUCGCCAACCCGGGACAGCGCUCCCGCGUGGUCACAGCUCACGACACGACCAUGACAUUCACCUGCUUUGUGCUUUUCGACAUGUUCAACGCCCUCACGUGCCGCAGCGAGAGCAAAUCAGUGCUUCGGGGCGAGCUGUCGCUGUUCGGGAACAAGAUGUUCAACUACGCGGUGUUAGGCUCCUUGUUGGGCCAGGCCUGUGUGAUCUACCUUCCGUUCCUGCAGCGGGUCUUCCAGACUGAGCCCCUCAACGCUGCUCAUCUGUUCAAGCUCCUGUGUAUCUCGAGCACUGUGUUCUGGGUGGAUGAGGGUCGCAAGUACCUGAAUUCCGUCAAGCGGCGACAGGCGGUUGGGGUGGGAUAUAGUGUCAAUGUCUGA